GUAUAUUUUAGUAACAUCUAAAAUUAGAAUACGUCGGCCAUAUAAAAACUUCUGACCGGAGCCAUAUUUUGUUGGGGCUCUGUAACAGGUUACUUUGAAUUUCCAAAUUUUUGGAUUCAUUGAAGAUGCAGGCUAUCAAAUGUGUGGUUGUUGGCGAUGGUGCUGUGGGUAAAACUUGUUUACUCAUUAGUUACACCACAAAUGCCUUCCCUGGAGAAUACAUACCUACUGUGUUUGACAAUUAUUCAGCCAAUGUCAUGGUUGAUGGAAAGCCAAUUAAUCUUGGACUUUGGGACACAGCCGGUCAGGAGGAUUAUGAUAGACUCCGUCCUCUCUCAUACCCUCAAACAGAUGUGUUUCUUAUAUGCUUCUCAUUGAUCAGCCCAACAAGCUUUGAGAAUGUGCGGGCUAAGUGGUUCCCUGAAGUAAGCCAUCAUUGUCCUAAUACGCCUAUCAUUCUUGUGGGCACUAAGCUGGACUUGAGAGAAGAUAAGGAAACUAUAGAGAAAUUGAGAGAAAAGAAGUUGUCACCCAUCACAUACCCACAAGGAUUGGCCAUGGCUAAAGAGAUCGGCGCUGUUAAGUACCAAGAGUGCUCAGCUCUGACACAAAAAGGGCUAAAGAAUGUAUUUGAUGAGGCUAUCCGUGCUGUGUUAUGCCCUAAACCAAAGCCCAAGAAGAGGAACAAAUGCAAAAUUUUGUGAGCAGUAAUUUCUUAAACAUUGUGUAUCAUUUGGUCAAUUAAGAUGUAUCAAAUUUAAUAAAGCUUUUAGUAAUGGCACAAACUUUCUUUUGCCAUGAAACCAUUGGCCUCAGUCUGUGUAUGUAUACACAUAAAAUGUUUUUUAAAAUUCUUCUUAUCACCAUUCAAUUUUUAGCUGUUGACAAUAUUGUAUGUAUAUGACAUAAAUUGAAUGAUUCAAGUAGAUUGUUUGAAUGCUAUUUCUUCCAUAUAUUUUCUUUAGUUUGUCUUUUUAAAAUAAUGUAAAUUGAACUUUUUUUUAUAAAAAUACUAUCGCCAGAUACAUAUAUCAUAGAAGUAAGAUUUCUGAGAGUCUAUUUCGUGUUCCAGUUGCUCCUUGCAUGGACAAAUUUUAUGGUUUUUGUACACUUUGUUCUUGUUUCAGUUAGAGCUUAGCAGUGUGUCUAGUAUAUGCUUGACACAAUACUACAGGUUAGAAAAUAAACUUCAAACACAAAAACUAAAAAAUGUAUACUAUACUACAUUUUAAAAAAAAGACACCACACUAAUAUUUUUUUUUCAGUAUUUAUAUUUCAGUUUAAAAAUAAAUGACAAAAAAAUGAAUGGCUAAAGUUUUUAAAAACUUGACAGUACUACAAGAUGGCGAAGAGACUUGACACAGACCAAAGACUGAAAUACAGUUUCGACCAAUACAAAUUACGAUAAAAGCAAUUCCAGGGCUGUGUGGUUGGGGUCUUGAUAGGUGGAUCAGACUCUAAACAUCUAUUUUAAUUAGAAAAUGAUUUCAUGAAAAAAUAAUCAAAGUGGAUGUCUACAGUGUUAACAUUUGUAUUAGGCCUAAUUUAAUAACAUUUAAAAAUUCUCUAAAGAUAGGUAUUUAUUCUAUGGCACCAGCUCCACAGCCCUGCAUAAUACAAGUUAAGAGUUGGGCUUGACAUGGCAAGUCUUCGAGAUUUGUACAGUAUGAACAAAAUUCUUUUAAUUAAAAGUAAAAAAAAAAUCACUUGUACACUCUAUUAUCUAAAUUUUAUUCAUACGCUGUGUUUAACUAUAGAUGAUCUUGUCAUUAAAAGCAUGUUUUAAAUUA